AUGCCUGGCUUUACGUGCUGCGUGCCGGGCUGCUACAACAACUCGCACCGGGACAAGGCGCUGCACUUCUACACGUUUCCCAAGGACGCCGAGUUGCGGCGCCUCUGGCUCAAGAAUGUGUCCCGUGCCGGCGUCAGUGGGUGCUUCUCCACCUUCCAGCCCACCACGGGCCACCGUCUCUGCAGCGUUCACUUCCAGGGCGGCCGCAAAACCUACACGGUGCGCGUCCCCACCAUCUUCCCGCUGCGCGGCGUCAACGAGCGCAAAGUAGCGCGCAGACCUGCGGGGGCCGCGGCUGCUCGCCGCAGGCAGCAGCAACAGCAACAGCACCAGCAGCCGCCGCCGCAGCAGCCGUCGCCGUCCGCCUCCACUGUCCAGACCGCCCAGCUGCAGCCGAACUUGGUGUCUGCCUCCGCGGCCGUGCUCCUCACCCUUCAGGCCGCUGUAGACAGCGGCCAGGCUCCGGGAUCCGUGCCGCCGGCACCCACCGCUCCAACCGGAGAAGACGUGAAGCCCAUCGACCUUACAGUGCAAGUGGAGUUCGCAGCUGCAGAGGGCGCAGCCGCUGCGGCUGCCGCGUCCGAGCUAGAGGCUGCAACGGCAGGGCUGGAGGCCGCCGAGUGCCCUGUGGGCCCGCAGUUGGUGGUGGUAGGGGAAGAGGGCUUCCCUGAUACUGGCUCUGACCACUCGUACUCGUUGUCGUCAGGCACCACGGAGGAGGAGCUCCUGCGCAAGCUGAACGAGCAGCGGGACAUCCUGGCGCUGAUGGAAGUGAAGAUGAAAGAGAUGAAGGGCAGCAUCCGCCACCUGCGUCUCACCGAGGCUAAACUGCGCGAAGAACUGCGCGAGAAGGAUCGUCUGCUUGCCAUGGCUGUCAUCCGCAAGAAGCACGGAAUGUGAACAGGUCCCAUGCGGCCUGCGGGACUCCCGGACUCCUUCCAGCCCAGGGGGACCUCAGGCCACUGUUGAACGCCCCUAAACUCCUGGGGCACUGGUUGACAGUAUUGAGGCUUAGGGCAGUUGGACUCUUGCUGAUCGGCACCCUCAUUUGUUUUCUCUUGGAGCAGGGGUCUGGGCCUUAGACGCUGCACUGGUGACACCAGCAAUUAUGACUUUGUCUACCCUCCCUCUCCAGUUUAUGUCGCAGAUUCUGAUUAAGCAGAAGCUUCAGAACCACUGAACUUGAAACUUACCCCCCUAGGAAUGCAGGUGGAAUGCCCAGGGACUAUGGGUUUGGCAAAACUACACCUUAAGGUUGGCCAGCAAUCAGAGACAACUCUUCAGUGUGUAGUGAUAAGAGAUCCAAGUAACAUCAGUUCUCCUUUUCAUGCUUUUCCUUCCCAGGUGCAGCCUGUGCUUCUGAUGGGGACUGGUAGAUCUGUGCCUCUGCCUCCUAGGACCUCACUUCGAAGCCAGGAGGCCAUUUACGAGGGGAUCUGGGUGACCUGAUGGAGAUCCAGCUUGCCAGGGACUUAGGUUUAUCCUGUUAUGUUUGCUACUGGUUACAAAUUCUAUUUUCUGUACAAUUAGUCAGACUAAAGUUUUCACUGUGUUUGUUUGGCAAAACAAAUUAAACAAAAAGUUAAGGUUUUUA